AUGGCGCGCGGCCCCGGAGGGCGGCUGCUGCUGCUGCUGCGCACCGGCCUGCUCGCCCUGGCCGCGCCGAGCCUGCUCUGGGCGCCCGGAGCUCGGGCUGCGGCGUGCGAGCCGGUGCGCAUCCCGCUGUGCCAGGCCCUGCCCUGGAACAUGACCAAGAUGCCCAACCACCUGCACCACAGCACCCAGGCCAACGCCAUCCUGGCCAUCGAGCAGUUCGAGGGGCUGCUGGGCACGCACUGCAGCCCCGACCUGCUCUUCUUCCUCUGCGCCAUGUACGCGCCCAUCUGCACCAUCGACUUCCAGCACGAGCCCAUCAAGCCCUGCAAGUCCGUGUGCGAGCGCGCCCGGCAGGGCUGCGAGCCCAUCCUCAUCAAGUACCGCCACGCGUGGCCCGAGAGCCUGGCCUGCGACGAGCUGCCCGUGUACGACCGCGGCGUGUGCAUCUCGCCCGAGGCCAUCGUCACGGCGGACGGAGCCGAUUUUCCUAUGGAUUCUAGUAACGGAAACUGUAGAGGGACCAGCAGUGAGCGCUGCAAAUGUAAGCCUGUCCGAGCCACGCAGAAGACCUACUUCCGGAACAACUACAACUACGUCAUUCGGGCUAAAGUUAAAGAAAUAAAGACCAAGUGCCAUGAUGUGACCGUGGUCAUUGAGGUGAAGGAGAUUCUAAAGGCUUCCCUGGUAAACAUUCCAAGGGACACCGUUAACCUGUACACCAGCUCUGGCUGCCUGUGUCCUCCGCUCAGCGUCAACGAGGAGUACGUCAUCAUGGGCUAUGAGGAUGAGGAGCGUGCCAGAUUACUGUUGGUGGAAGGGUCUAUUGCUGAGAAAUGGAAGGAUCGACUUGGUAAAAAAGUCAAGCGCUGGGACAUGAAGCUCCGUCAUCUUGGACUGAAUAAAAGUGAUUCUAGCCACAGUGAUUCCACCCAGAGUCAGAAGUCUGGCAGGAACGCCAACCCCCGGCAAGCACGCAACUAAAUCCUGAAAUGCAGAAAGAACACCAGUGGACUUCCUACUAAGACUUGCGUUGCUGGAUCAGCAAAGGAAAAUUGCACUAUUGCACGCCAUAUUCUAUUUUUUACCACAAAAAUCAUGUGGUUACUGAUAUUACUUCUAUUUUCUCUGUUUUCUGUUUCUCUCUCUCUCUCUCUUUUUGUGGUCUGAGUGCAGAUCCUUAAAUAUAUGUAUUCUGUUUCACUAAUCCUGGGAAAACUGUUCUUUGCAAUAAUAAUAAUAAAUUAAACAUGUUGAUACCAGGU